AUGCCCUCAGACAACAACGAUAUGGGACAGGUCAGGUCUGUCGAAACGCCCACAAGCGAUGUCAGUGAAUGCUCACCCAGUCCUGGACUGACGAUACCCGAAGCUAGGGAUGGAUUCUAUGGUUACAACGAUGAAAAGAAUCUUCAACACAUCGAAGGGAAGUACUGGGCUCAUCGGCGGACGUCUGAUACUUCGAAACCCAUAUCCAUCCUCGGCUCACCCAGUAUAUCGCCUGAUCCCCAUCCAGACGGUGGUGUUUCACCCUACGCAGCUAGUCUUAAGCUGUCUGCCAUCCCAGAAACUCUCCCAGCUAUGAACGAUGUUGAUGCAUCACCUUUUUUCGAGGACAAAGAGAGGGAGGAAAGAGCAGAAGCUCAAGUACACAUUGAUACCGCGAUUACACCCGAACUUGCGCGCAUAUACCAAUCGCUUCAGCAAUGUGUUGAGCUGCGCGAUAAAUACAUAGCCAGAUCGCUACAGAGGCUUGGCGAUAAUCCAAAGGACCAUGAUGGACGCUUUGGCGGCCUUCCUGAGGGUAUGGCCGAUGUGUCUGGCGUUAGGGCAGAUACAGACUAUGCUACGUUGAAGGAUUCUAAAAGUCCAUUUGAACCGUGGAAUAUAUACCCUAGACCCCCACCUCCUCACUGGCACUGGUCAAAGAAAGAAAAAGUGAUCAAUGUAGAUGGCCACGCCACGCAAUACGACGACUCUGACUCUAUACGUCCAAAGAUUCCUGGCGCAGACUCUUGGACGUUCGAGAUUGACGACAAGGGCGUUUAUCAGGUUUACGAAAGCUCGAAAGGUCCACCAUCUUCCAUUCCUUUCAACUACUCAGCUAUUUAUUAUAUCCUUUGUUGUCCAGAUGAAAACCAAAAGCCGUUGUUCGAUAUACCGAAUAUACGCGAAUACUUCGUGGACCUCGAUUAUGUUCUUUCGGUUAUUUCUGAUGGUCCAACUAAGAGCGUUGCAUAUCGUCGGUUGAAGUAUCUUGCAAGUAAGUUUGAGAUGUACAGCCUCUUGAAUGAGUACCAGGAAUUGGCAGACAUGAAGACGGUCCCUCAUCGCGAUUUCUAUAAUGUGCGCAAAGUUGAUACCCAUGUUCAUCAUUCUAGCAGCAUGAAUCAGAAGCAUCUUCUGCGAUUCAUCAAAUCAAAAAUGAAGCGUAGCCCCCAGGAUGUUGUCAUUUUCCGCGAUGGCGCAGAAUUAACCCUCGAGCAGGUAUUCCAGUCUCUGAAACUGACUGCGUAUGAGCUUUCCAUCGACACACUUGAUAUGCACGCGCAUCAAGACUCGUUUCACCGCUUUGACAAAUUUAACUUGAAAUACAAUCCUAUCGGAGAAUCUAGGCUGCGAGAAAUCUUCUUGAAAACAGACAAUUAUAUAGAAGGACGAUAUCUGGCAGAGCUGACGCAAGAGGUCAUGACUGACCUUGAACAAAGCAAGUAUCAGAAUUGCGAAUGGCGAAUCAGCAUAUACGGUCGGUCUCCAAACGAAUGGGACAAACUGGCCAAGUGGAUAGUUGGGAAUAAACUGUAUUCGCACAAUGUGCGCUGGCUUGUUCAGAUUCCACGUUUGUAUAACAUAUACAAAGACAAUGGUUCUGUUUCGACGUUUGAAGAUAUUGUCACCAAUAUUUUCCGCCCUUUGUUCGAGGUCACUCGUGAUCCCACGUCGCACCCCGAACUUCAUAUCUUUCUUCAGCGUGUGAUCGGCUUUGACAGUGUUGAUGAUGAAUCAAAGGCCGAAAGAAGGUUCCACCGCAAGUUCCCAUACCCUCGAUUGUGGGAUGCUCCUCAAAACCCACCAUACUCAUAUUGGAUUUAUUACAUGUAUGCGAAUAUGGCUAGUCUCAACAACUGGAGGCGGGCCCGAGGAUUUAACACAUUCGUUUUGCGCCCUCAUGCAGGAGAAGCAGGAGAUACUGAUCAUCUAACAGCGGCGUUCCUUACAUCGCAUUCUAUUUCCCACGGCAUUUUGCUCCGUAAAGUCCCAGCAUUGCAAUACCUGUUCUAUCUGAAGCAGAUCGGUCUUGCCAUGAGUCCUCUCAGCAACAACGCCCUCUUUCUCACGUAUGAAAGAAACCCCCUCCCUGAUUUCUUCAAAACAGGUUUAAAUGUCAGUUUGAGCACUGAUGACCCGCUUCAAUUUCAUUUUACAAAGGAACCGCUUUUAGAAGAAUACAGCGUCGCAGCACACAUCUAUAAACUGCCACAAAGCUCUCUCGCUGAGCUUGCCCGCAACUCGGUUCUCCAAAGCGGGUUUGAAAUGGAACUCAAGCGGCACUGGUUAGGUCGAGAAUGGUAUUUGCCUGGAGCAGCCGGAAACGAUAUUCACAAGACGAAUGUACCGGAUAUUCGUCUUGCGUAUAGACAUCGCACCCUGUUGGAAGAACUAGCUAUGAUCCGAGCCAAGCCCAGAGUACCAGGGUUGUCAUGA